AAACAACCCGUCGUCGCUGAAAGGAGAAACGAUGGCAGAUCUGCCUGGUGCUUCGCCAGCGAUGCAGCUCAUGUUGCCGUCAGAUGUCAAUCUCAGCGAGAGGGACAUGUGCGACCUCGAGAUGUUACUGAUGGGUGCCUUCUCGCCUCUCAAGGGCUAUCUGGACCGCGCCAACUACCUCUCCGUCCUGCACAACAUGCGCCUCACCACAGGUCAAGAAAUAAGCAAUGGGAUGCACGAACGAGGUGGUUGAUCCUUGUGUGUGUUUCGGCUGUUCAGGAGAGGUGUGGCCCAUUCCCAUAGUGCUGCCCAUUCCCAAGAGCUCGUGCAGGCCAGCUGAUUCGUCAGCAGCAGGCCAGAAGGUGACGCUGCGCGACAAGCUGGGCUUGAUCAUUGCCGAGGUCAAAGUCACCGACGUGUACGAGCCCGACCUGAGCAUCGAGAUGGAAAAGGUGGGCCAACCAUGCAUGAAGAUCUGCACCGAAAUCAUCGUAUCGCGCACGUCUUUUCUCCUCUGUGUGUCAGGUUCUGGGGUCGACCGACACGAACCAUCCAUACGCCCAGCACCUGCUCGCCCACUGCAGUGACCACUAUUACGUGGGAGGGGAGGUGACGCAGCUGCACGACAUCCAGCGGUUCGACUUCAAGGAGUACCGGCUGCCGGCGCCAGAGGUGCGGCAGAUGAUCAAGGACAAGGGGUGGGGGACCGUCGUGGGCUUCCAAACGCGCAACCCCAUGCACAGGAGCCAUUUUGAGCUCACGAGACAGGUGACGGAUGAGUGCAUCGACCUGUUUGUGAUCUUUGCAAUACGUGUGUCUAUGUGAUUGAUGCGUGCAGGCUCUGCGCGAGGCGUCAGAAGAGACGGGCAAGAAGGCCCACCUGCUGCUCACGCCUGCAGUAGGGCCAACACAGCCGGGAGAUGUCGAGUACCACAUACGCGUCAGGUACAACACAACACAACACAACACAACACAACACACAGCCACAGUCACAUCCAUGUGCACACGUGGGCGUCAAUGCGUCUGCGUCAUCAGGUGUUACAAGCGUUUGCUCAAGUACUAUGGCGACGACAGCGUCAAGCUCGUCCUGUUGCCCCUCGCUAUGCGCAUGGCUGGACCAAGAGAGGUACCUAACGAGACCACACAUAUCUGGAAAGCAACAGUCCGUCCACAUGAGGCUCUGAGGCUCUUGCGUGUAUGGUUGUCAGGCCGCAUGGCACGCGAUUAUCCGUCGCAACUACGGCUGCACACACUUCAUUGUGGGGCGGGACCAUGCUGGCCCCUCGGCCAAGAAGAAGGACGGCUCGCCCUUCUACGGCCCCUAUGAGGCGCACGAGACCCUCAAGUCCGUCCAGGAUGAGCUCGGCAUCCGUCCGGUGUUCGGUCGUGAGAUGGUCUAUGUGGGUGAGGAGCAUGGCGGCUAUCUGCAGAGGUCGCAGGUGCCCGAGGGCGUCCCGACGCAAAACAUCUCCGGCACGCAGCAGAGGCACAUGCUCCAGGUAGACGACGCAUCCAUCCACACACGCACCAUCGCAAUGUCCGCAUCUCUCUCUCUCUCUCUCUGUGUGUGUGUGUGUGUGUGUGUGUUCGUGUGUGUCAGUCUCGUGAGCCCAUCCCGUCAUGGUUUUCGUUCCCUGACGUUGUCGAGGUGAGCAUGUCACACUCACGGCGGACAGAGGGAUCUGCAACACCGUUCCCUCUGUGUUGUGUGUGCCUCAGGAGCUGCACAAGUUCUACCUGCCGUUCCACGAGCGUGGCUUCUGUUGCUACUUCACGGGCCUGCCGUGCUCGGGCAAGUCGACACUCGCCAUCGCCGUUGAGGCAGCCAUCAGUGUCAGACAAGAAAGAGCACCAAACAACCUGGUCUGUCGCCCGUGGAUACGUGCGCCCGUGUGUGCUAUUGUAUGCAGGAGAACGAUAGUGAGAGGCGCAAUGUGACCAUAUUGGAUGCGGAUAUCAUCCGAACACAUCUGAGGUGCGACGGGCACGCUCGCCCUACCUACCUGCAUUGACAUCGCCGUGCGUGUGUUGCCUGCUGUGGUGUGCAGCAAGGGUCUCGGGUUUUUGCGUGAGGAUCGUUCGAUGAAUGUGCGUCGCAUCGGAUAUGUCGCGUCGGAGAUCGUCAAACACAGGGGCAUCUGCCUGGUGUGUGGGAAAGAUGGAACACAUACAGGGACGUCAGGGCGUAUGCGAAUGUUCUUGUCGUUUGUGUGCAGGUUGCGAACAUCGCGCCGUAUGACGAAGAUCGCCAGUUCAACCGCAAUCUCAUCACCAGGUGACCACAGACAGAAACACGCCCCGUGUGCGGUGUAUCAUUUUGGCUGUGUUCGUGUGUGCGUCGUUCAGUGCUGGUGGUGGCUAUGUGGAGGUGUUCGUCAACACGCCGCUGGAGCUGUGCGAACAGAGGGACGUCAAGGUCAGUCAGUUAGCGUACGCGUGCAUAUAGGCGAUGCUUAAUUGACGCACUCGUCGGUUGUUGGGCAUGAUUGCUGUUUGUUGUGUCCAGGGCCUCUACAAGAAGGCGCGCCAGGGCAUCAUCAAACAAGUGAGGGAGAUGACACACCCCAUCGGCAUUAUGCGUGCGGGAUACAUGUAUGUGGUGCCACUCAUUCAGUUCACGGGCAUCUCUGAUCCGUACGAGCCGCCCCGCAGCCCCGAGCUGUGCCUGGAGACGACAGAAGAUGUGUCGAACCACGUGCAGCAGGUCAGACAAGAGAGGGGCCCCUCAGUACUGCACACACACGAGCCGGGCGAUGCAUUGUGCGCAUGCAGGUGAUGGACUAUUUGGUGGCCAACAAGUGGAUCCUGCGGCCGUCUGAGUGAUGUGCGGGCGGAGUCUGUCUGCCUGCCUGCCUGCCGUCCUCAGUGUCUGCUCUCUUUCUUUGAGUGAAUGCGGGACAGUGAGCUGUUUUUGACGAUGCGUUGAUCGGAGUGUAAGAGCGUUCGUGUCUGUAGCCGCCCGAUGGCCAACCAGGCGGGCGAGCAGUGUUUGGUGUCCGACAUGUGUUCAGAUGGCACACCUGUCCCGCAGUGUGGUGGCCUGUCGUGCAUGCGCUUUAUUUGACUGAAUGUAAUGUACGUGAGAUUUUGGCUGCAUGGUCAAGCGGCAC